AUGGCCUGGAGAGGCCAGGGAAAGUCCGAUGGUGGCAGCCAAGGAAGCCCGGCUGGCAGGCUGGCAGAAAUCUCCAGAUGGUUGACAGAGCCCACAGAGGAAGAGGGUCCUGGGAGCAGGCCCAGAUCCAGAUCGGAGAACCAGCCAGACCUGUCUGCAUUGCAAUACGUUCUAGGGAUGAAUUACCAGCAGUAAUUGAAUUACGGCCACUAUGUGGAAAACUACUUGAUUGCUCCAGGUAUAAUAUAGGAGCUUGAAGAACAAUGCAGGUGAUUUGUGAAAGCCUGCAGAAGGCCUACUUCCUUCAAUGCUGACUAUCAGCAGAAUCUUCAGAGGAUGGAUUUUGAUAUUUUAACAUUUACUGUAGCUCUGAGUGCAUUUGGUUAUCUGAUAGAAGAAGUUAGUUGUGAUAAGUUUAUCAGUAGAAUAUAG